CCGGUCUUUGUGGCUGGCCGCUUGGAGUCGGCGGCUUGCUCCCUGGCCGCUGCUGGGCUUCGUGGCAAGAAGAAAUUACUCAAAGAAACUGUGAAGUACAGUACUCAGUUGUGGUGAGCUUUUGGCUAAGCUGUUCAAGCCAAAAUGGCUGUGGAAUCCAGAGCAGUUUCAACCCUGGUACCUCAGAAUCCUCAGGAACAAGAACUAAUACUAGUGAAAGUAGAAGAAAGCUUUUCCUGGGGUCAGAAGUUUAAGCAGAGUGCGAGUACCCGAUCCUGCCAAGAAUUGUUUCGCCAGCAAUUCAGGAAGUUUUGCUACCAGGAGACACCUGGACCCCGGGAAGCUCUGGGCAGACUCCAGGAGCUUUGCUAUCAGUGGCUCAUGCCAGAGUUGCACACGAAGGAGCAGAUCCUGGAACUGCUGGUGCUGGAGCAGUUCCUGAGCAUCCUGCCUGAGGAGCUGCAGAUCUGGGUUCAGCAACAUAGCCCAACAAGCGGCGAGGAAGCUGUGACCCUAUUGGAAGAUUUGGAGAGGGAAUUUGAUGAUCCAGGGCAGCAGGGACCAGCAGUGCCAUGGAAGGAUCUGACAUGUCUUGGAACAUCCCAAGAGUUAACAGACAUCCCACUCCAACCUUUAAAGACACAGCUGAAACCCUGGGAACCUUGCCUUUCCCCCAAAAGUGAUUGUGAGAACAGUGAAACAGCAACAAAGAAGGACAUUUCAGGAGAAAAGUCACAAGGACUUCCCCAGGAACCUUCAUCUGGAGGAAUUAGUGAACCUGAAAGCAAUUUAGAGUGGCAACAAGGAAAUGCUACAGGGGAGAAGUUAAGAUCCCCUUCCCAAGGGGACAGCUUUAGUCAAGUAAUCUUCACACACAAAUCUCUGGGAAAGAGAGACCAUCAUGAGCCUCAAAGCAGCUUGAUUCUAAGUACAAACUCUAUAACUUACCAGAAAGUUCCUACAGAAGAGAGACCUUAUAGAUGUGAUGUAUGUGGGCACAGCUUCAAGCAGCAUUCCUCUCUAACACAACAUCAGAGAAUCCAUACUGGAGAAAAGCCCUAUAAAUGUAACCAGUGUGGAAAGGCUUUUAGUUUGAGGUCAUAUCUUAUUAUUCACCAGAGAAUUCACAGCGGUGAGAAGGCAUAUGAAUGUAGUGAAUGUGGGAAAGCCUUCAAUCAGAGCUCAGCCCUCAUUAGACAUCGCAAAAUUCAUACUGGUGAGAAAGCUUGUAAAUGUAACGAAUGUGGCAAAGCAUUCAGUCAAAGUUCAUAUCUCAUUAUACAUCAAAGAAUUCACACUGGCGAGAAACCCUAUGAGUGUAAUGAGUGUGGGAAAACCUUUAGCCAAAGCUCAAAGCUUAUUAGACACCAGCGAAUUCAUACAGGAGAGAGACCUUAUGAAUGUAAUGAAUGUGGAAAAGCUUUCAGGCAGAGUUCAGAACUGAUAACCCAUCAGAGAAUACAUAGUGGGGAGAAACCCUAUGAAUGUAAUGAGUGUGGAAAAGCUUUCAGUCUGAGCUCAAACCUCAUCAGACAUCAGAGAAUUCAUAGUGGAGAGGAACCUUAUCAGUGUAAUGAAUGUGGCAAAACUUUCAAAAGGAGCUCAGCCCUUGUUCAGCAUCAGAGAAUCCAUUCUGGGGAUGAAGCUUAUAUAUGUAAUGAAUGUGGGAAGGCUUUCAGGCACAGAUCAGUCCUCAUGCGCCAUCAGAGAGUCCACACUGUAAAGUAAUUUGUGAAUACAAGGAAUGUUGUAAAUAUUUUGGUCAGAUUUAUAUCUUUGUUAGUUGAAAGGGUUUACUUUGGAACAAGACUCCAGACUGGUAAACUACCAGAUCUUGAGUCAUUCUGACUUAAAGCAGCACUUCUCAAUGCUACUGCAAAUUGUCCUUUGAAAGCUUUUCCUGUGACUAAUCAGAACAGCAGAUGGAAGAAUCACUGCUUCCAGCUUUUCUCUUACUAUUAGGAAUACUCAGGAGAUAAGAAAAAUGGGAAUAUAACAUUGAAACCUCAUUUUCCAUGAAAAUGUCACAAAGAGGGUACAGCAACCCAGGCUGUGUCACUGCACCUGAUUGUCCACAUACCAGGUUUGGGAUAUGGUGUGGACAAUAUGAGGGAUGUUUUGCCUCAGGAAUACAAAAAACUUACCAAUUAAGAACAAUGACAGGGCAGCAAGACAGAUGGGGAAAUAGUUCAUCAGUGACUUACUGAGCCUGUGACAGCCCAGAAAUGAGGUAGUGAAAGAAUCCAAACUAAUGUAUCCAACAGCUAUUUUUUGAGGGCCUGCUUUGUGCCAGGCACUAGGGAUACAGUGGGAAAGAAGAUAGUCUGUACAGUUUAAUGGACAAGGAAGACAGGCAGUGAUACGGUAUAAUCACUGCUGUGGGACAUUAGGAGUACCUGAGUCAACCUUGGAUCAGGGAGAGUUUCUGAGAAAAACGAUGAAGGAUGAGUAGAAGUUAGCCAGGAAAGUAGGCAGGCAGGCCAGGGAACAAUAUGCCCAGUAGAGGGAACAAUAGACGAAGGUCAGGAAGAAUGUCUGGCAUAUCUGAGAAAUGAAAAGGCUGUUUUGUGUGGAGCAUUCCUGUUGAGUUCCUUUUGGGGUGGAGUCAUGUCUGCUAAGCAUGGAUGUAGCCAGAACCUGGUGAGCAGUGCUGGUAGUAAAACAGGAGCCAGUGGAGAAGCUUCUGUUACUGGACAAAACCUGGAGUUCUUGGACCACAGGGUAGAGGGAGCUGUCUUGGGCUUGUGUGAGCUGGGGGAAAGGGUUAAUAACUAUAGUUUCCUGGCCUGUAGGUUAAGCUAGACCUUGGGGGUGGGUGGGGUCAGAAAGAGCCUAGCCUAGUGGUUAAGAGGUUAAGCAUCUGUUGGGAGUCCUGAAUCUUCCCUUUCCUAAACAGAGGACUCCUGGUUCUUAAGACUGUCAGAGCUGCUGUCUGCGUCCUGCUAACUCCCAAGGCUCUGGGUCAGAAGCUGCUAUGGCUACCACGUUUGUUUCUGGGGCUACACCCCCACAUUUCUAGCGUACUCCCUUGGCUCAGGUGCUAAAAAAUGUCAGUCGCCGAGUGACUGACCCCUCACAGGCACCUCACACAUGUUCAGUUUUGUCUUAUAUCAGCAGUAUUUCAGUCUUGUGAAUUUUGUUAAGGACAAUGGUAAAGGGAAGUAAACAACAGUCAUGGUCCAUCCAGAGACCACUCUGACAACCCAUCCGGAAACGUAUCCCUUGACUGGUGCUUCUCAGUGCAAUGCAGAAAGGUGUCUAAGUUAGUGAGCAACAGAAAGUCGUGGUCAGAAUACCUAACAGGUAAGAGGUCUAACAUACCUUACCAAAAACAGAAAUCUGUGGGAAUCUGGAAUCCUGUGCAUAAGAAAAUAAUUUUCACAAGGAUAAGCAGACAGCACUCCUGUUGGGGCAUAUGUAGAUGAGCAGGUAAUAACCAGGAAGAAUGGCAGGUGGACUAAAUGCCCAUGCUUGGAGAGAGAAUGUGAAGACAAA